AUGGCGACCGAGAAGAGACCGAUAGUAGACCGAGAGGAGACCAAGUGGAGACCGAGAGGAGACGAAGAGGAGACCGAGUGGAGACCGAGAGGAGACGAAGAGGAGACCGAGAGGAGACCGAGAGUUGACCGAGUGGAGAACGAGAGGAGACCGAGAGGAGACCGAGAGGAGACCGAGUGGAGAACGAGAGGAGAACGAGAGGAGACCGAGAGGAGACAGAGAGGAGACCGAGUGGAGACCGAGAGGAGACGAAGAGGAGAACGAGAGGAGACCGAGAGGAGAGAGAGAGGAGAACGAGUGGAGACCAAGAGGAGACCAAGUGGAGACCAAGAGGAGACGAAGAGGAGACCGAGUGGAGACCGAGAGGAGACCGAGAGGAGAACGAGUGGAGACCGAGAGGAGACCGAGAGGAGAACGAGUGGAGACCGAGAGGAGAAUGAAAGGAUACCGAGAGGAGACCGAUUAGAGAGCGAGAGGAGACCGAGAGGAGAUCGAGUGGAAACGGAGUGGAAACCGAGUGGAGAGCGAGAGGAGAACGAGAGGAGACCGAGAGGAGAGAGAGAGGAGAACGAGUGGAGACCAAGAGGAGACCAAGUGGAGACCAAGAGGAGACGAAGAGGAGACCGAGAGGAGACCGAGAGGAGACGAAGAGGAGACCGAGAGGAGACCGAGUGGAGAUCGAGAGGAGACGAAGAGGAGAACGAGAGGAGACCGAGAGGAGAGAGAGAGGAGAACGAGUGGAGACCAAGAGGAGACAAAGUGGAGACCAAGAGGAGACGAAGAGGAGACCGAGAGGAGACGAAGAGGAGACCGAGAGGAGAGCGAGUGGAGACCGAGAGGAGACCGAGAGGAGAACGAAUCACGGACGAAGAGGAGACCGAGAGGAGACCGAGUGGAGACCGAGAGGAGACCGAGAGGAGAACGAGUGGAGACCGAGAGGAGAAUGAAAGGAUACCGAGAGGAGACCGAUUGGAGAGCGAGAGGAGACCGAGAGGAGAUCGAGGGGAAACGGAGUGGAAACCGAGUGGAGAGCGAGAGGAGAGCGAGAGGAGACCGAAAUGGGCGAGAAAAAAAGAGACCGAGAGGAGACGAAGAGGAGACCGAGAGGAGACCGAGUGGAGAACGAGUGUAGACCGAGAGGAGACCGAGCGGAGAGCAAGCGGAGAGCGAGAGGAGACCGAGAGGAGACCGAGUGGAGAUCAAGAGAAGACCGAGAGGAAACCGAGUGGAGAACGAGAGGAGACGAAGAGGAGACCGAGAGGAGACCGAGUGGAGAACGAGUGGAGACCGAGAGGAGAACGAGUGGAGACCGAUAGAAGACCGAGAGGAGACCGAGAGGAGACCGAGUGGAGAGCGAGAGGAGACCAAGAGGAGACCGAGUGGAGAGCGAGAGGAGACCGAGAGAAGACCGAGUGGGAACCGAGAGGAGUUGGUUUGGUGGUGUGA